AUGUCCACGCACACCACCGCCUCACAACCCAAGGAUCAGCAAUUCCCAGGGAACUGCACUCUGGAAAAAGCCCUGGAAGCCAUCGUGAACGUCUUCCACCAGUACAGCAUCCGCGAGGGUCAGCUGGACCUCCUCAACUUCAGUGACUUCCAGACACUGCUGACUGAGCAGGCACCCAACUUCCUGAGUGUCUGUGGCAGGAACCGUCCUGGGUACCUGCAGAAGCUCUUUGAGGAGACGGAUCUGAAUAAGGACAAGGAGCUGACGUUUGAGGAGUUCACCAUCGUCCUGGCCAAGGUGACCGACGACGCGCACCGCAUCAUCCAUAAGGAUGACAGAUGUAAGCCAGACAGCAACUGA